UAACCCAAAAAAAGGAAGGGUAAAAAAAAUGAAUUAAGGCGGGUAAAAGGCGAAGCUCAAGCUGCUCAACGAAACAGAGAGCAAGAGAUGGCGGUCUCAUCCACUCCUGUUGUUCUAUCUGCCAGUUCGGUCCCAAAUAUCAUCUCUAAACCCCCUGAAGUUAGGAUUAGGAUUUCGUCCAAGAUAAGUCCAAGUUCUCAGAUCCUCAAUUUCAGUCGAAGGCUUAACAGCUCCACCAGACUAAAUGCUGCCGGGUUGUCUGAGAUAGAGCCAGAUCUCAUCGAAGAUAAGCAUGAUCGUUGGGCGACCAAUGGCAUCAGCCCUGAAGAUUUUAUCUAUGGAAAGUAUGAUGGGCACCACACUUACCAUGAAGGACAUGAAAAAGGAACAUUUUGGGGAGCAGUUGCAGAAGAGUAUGCCGCAAUGGAACCCCCUACCGGUUUCCAGGGGAUUAUAUCAUGGCUUUUCCUUCCAGCAAUUAUUGCAGGGUUGGUUUACCAUGUUCCGGGGGAGUACUUGUACAUAGGGGCUGGAGUUUUUGUAGUGAUAUUUUGCAUGAUUGAGAUGGGGAAACCCGAUAAACCUCACAAUUUUGAACCCCAAAUCUACAAUAUGGAGAGAGGAGCUCGUGACAAGUUGAUUUCUGAUUACAACACAAUGGACAUAUGGGACUUUAAUGAGAAGUAUGGGGACCUUUGGGAUUUCACUGUGAAGAAGGAUGACAUAACAAAGAGAUAAUCAUUUCCUCCUCGAAAGGGAACAUUACUGUAAUUGCAUUAGAGGGUAUCAGAAUGUAAAUCUUUAUACACACUUGUUCAUUGAUAUCUAAAUCUGUAUAUGUCCUUUUAGCUUUCUAUUUGCCUCUAUUUUAAUUCAUGGAUUCA